GAAGUAAGGAGCAAAAGCAUCAUCGAAGCGAGAGAGAGAGGAAGAGGAAAGCAACUCAAAGCACCGCUAGUUUCUUCCAAGGAUGUCAGUAACAUUGCACACGAAUCUGGGGGAUAUAAAGUGCGAGAUCUUCUGUGAUGAGGUUCCCAAGAGUGCUGAGAACUUUCUGGCUCUGUGUGCUAGUGGGUACUACGAGGGGACUAUCUUUCACAGAAACAUAAAAGGCUUCAUGAUUCAAGGAGGAGACCCAACCGGGACUGGGAAAGGAGGAACUAGCAUCUGGGGAAAGAAGUUCAAUGACGAGAUUCGCGACUCCCUUAAGCACAAUGCAAGAGGGAUGCUCUCAAUGGCAAACAGUGGCCCAAACACAAACGGAAGCCAGUUCUUCAUUACCUACGCCAAACAACCUCAUCUCAAUGGAUUGUACACCAUCUUUGGCAAAGUCAUUCAUGGCUUCGAAGUGCUUGACAUUAUGGAAAAGACUCAAACAGGUCCAGGGGAUAGGCCGUUAGCUGAGAUAAGGCUGAACCGUGUGACAAUCCACGCCAAUCCACUUGCUGGUUGAUAAGAAGUCUGGAUGCUGCUGCCGGCAAACCCAGGCCUUAUUCGUUUUCACCUAUUAAAAAUAAAAUUGUACUGGAUUUUCUGUUUAUUAUUCCUCACUCUCACACUGUCGAAGUUUAGAAUCCAUCUCCUGACAGAGUUUCGAAGUCUUAGAAACGUAACCAUAAAAAGAGUAUUGUAACCCAAACAAAACAAAUAAGUA